UUUUGUGUCACUGACUUCCUCUCAGUGCACUAGGCUGUGCUCACUUCCUCCUUCAGUCUCCUGUGUCACUGUAUUCAGGGACAGUUUUAUUCAUACCACUAUUGACAAUUUCCUGGACGCUCUUUUGUAUCAUGCCCGUUAUUGGAAGCUGAAGGCAGAACAACAAUGCAGAACAUCAAGUGUGUCGUGGUUGGAGACGGUGCGGUUGGGAAGACCUGCCUCCUGAUUUCCUUCACCACCAACGCCUUUCCUAAAGAAUACGUUCCCACAGUGUUUGACAACUACAGCGCACAGCUGUCUGUAGACUCUAAAGUCAUCAGUCUGAAUCUGUGGGACACUGCGGGACAGGAGGAGUACGACCGUCUACGGACCCUCUCCUACCCACAGACCAACGUCUUCAUCAUCUGCUUCUGCAUCGCCAGCCCCUCGUCCUACGAGAACGUCAAGCUAAAGUGGUACCCCGAGGUGUCAGAACACUGUCCUAAUGUGCCCAUCCUGCUGGUGGGGACUAAAAAAGAUCUGAGAGAUGAUCCAGAGGUGCUGAAGAACCUCAAGGAGAAGAACCUGACGGUGGUGUCCCAACAGCAGGGGGUGGCGCUGGCCCGACAAAUCCAGGCCAGCAAGUACAUGGAGUGUUCAGCGCUCAGCCAGGAUGGGGUGAAAGAAGUGUUUACGGAAGCUGUUCUCGCUUUCCUCAACCCCAAAUCACAAGGCCGCAAGAAAUUAUGCGUGCUACUAUAAAUGGGACGUGACCUGAACAUAUGUAUUUUUAUAUGGGGUAUUUGUUUUAUCACUUGUACAUAUGAACAAAAAUCGCACUUAAUAAAAAGUACAAAUGUCUUUACAUUAUACAACAAAAUAUCAUACCAAGUGGUAUUUAUUUCAAGGGGAAAUAAAAGAAUAAAUAAUAGGUAUCAAAUAAUAAAACAAUAGAAAUACACUGUAAAUGCUCAAAAUACUUAAAUUAGAUCAAACAAACAAACUUUAAAGUGUUAAGAUUUUAUUUUUUGUGAGUGCACACAACUGACACAUUUUAGGUCAGUGUUUUAAAUUUAAUGAACUUGUUUAGAGGAACUUGAAUUUAACUGAAACUGGGCUGGGGAUUUCUAUUUCCCAGCACGCUUUGUCAUGACACUCAAAAGGGAGAGUACAUGCUAAAAUUAAGCGUUAGAUUUUUUAUUUUUUAUUUUUUUGCAAGAUUUUGGAAUGGGAGAUUUAGUAGUGUUUAAUGUUUUGUUGUGAUAAUUUAGAAGAGUUUCUGACAAGUUGAGCAUAAGAAGGUAUACUGAAUGUUAAAUGUUCUGUAUUGCCUAACUUAUUAAGCUGUUGCUAUGCUAAUCAAAGUCUUGCGUUAUUUAGCAUGUUAGCAUUUAGCUAGUUAUUGUUUAAAUUCCACUACCAAAAUAUUUAAAUUGAUAUUACGUGAUCAUUUUAGUUAAGAGCAAUUAACAUGUAUAAAUAAAAAAUAUUCUUAAACUUUAAA